AUGUCGGAGGCUGUGGACCUGUCUUUCCUGUCAGAGGCAGAGAGGGAUAUGAUCCUGCAAGUCCUGCAGCGAGAUGAAGAGCUCCGCAAGGCUGAGGAGAGAAGGGUCAGGCGACUGAAGAAUGAGCUGCUGGAGAUCCGGCGCAAAGGGGCCAAGCGGGGCAGUCAGCGCUACAGCGAGCGGACAUGUGCCCGGUGCCAGCAGAGCUUGGGCCGCGUGAGCCCCAAGGCCAACACCUGCCGCGGCUGCAACCACCUGGUGUGUCGGGACUGCCGCUCCUACAGCAUCAACAGCACUUGGCGCUGCAAAGUCUGCACCAAGGAAGCAGAGCUGAAGAAGACAACCGGUGACUGGUUCUAUGACCAAAGAAUCAAUCGCUUUGCAAACAGGCUGGGGAGCGACAUAGUGAGAAUGUCCCUUCGGCGCAAACCUCCAGCCAACAAAAGAGAGACUGUGGGGCAAACCCUUCUCCAGCAGGCACAGCCGAACGAUCCAAAAGACUCCCCCGUGGCAAAGCAGAAGAGUCCCCAGGAGCGACAGAAGGAGCCCAGCAUGCCUCCUGAAGCCUUGGACCCCCGAGAUGGGAAGAGUGAUACCGAGUCCAUGGAGAACAUGAGUCUGGAUGGGUACAGACCCAACGCCUCUGGCACAGGUGUCAGCUCCAGGAGAAACUCCCUGGAUAAAACUGUCACUUUCCAAGAGGGGAAGCAAAGGCCUGGUCCCGUGGGCUCCAACGUAUCCACCUUGCCCAUCCCCACCCGCUCCAGAGACACUACUCCCUCCGGUUCAGAAAGUGAGGCUCGUGUGGGGAGCCAUGGUGCAGCAUCCGCAGAUGAGAAUGAAACCAUAUUCAAGAAGAAUCCCAGGAGAACCCUGAGGCCUGCAGACUACACCAAGUCAGUGAUUGAUCUGCGCCCGGAGGAGCUGGGAAGUGAAAGUGGCUCCAUGGGAGACAGAAGCAAGUCGGUCCCAGGUCUCAAAACUGAAGUGGAUGAGGAGGAGGAAGACAUUGACAACCUGGUGGAGAUCCAUCGCCGGAGGACGGCCAGAAGCAGCAUGCGCAGCGGUACCUCUUCGAGCACCCUGGGGAGCAUGGUCAGCAUUUACAGCGAGGCUGGUGACUUUGGCAAUGUCUGUGUCACAGGAGAGAUCGCCUUCUCUCUGAGCUACGAGCACAAGACUCAGACCCUGUUCAUCCAUGUGAAGGAGUGUCGCCAGCUAGCCUAUGCCGAUGAGGCCAAGAAGCGCUCCAACCCAUACGUGAAGACGUACCUCCUGCCUGAUAAAUCCCGGCAAGGCAAACGCAAGACAACCAUCAAACGCAACAGUGUCAACCCGCUGUACAAUGAGCUGCUCAAGUAUGAGAUCAGCAAGUCCCUCCUGCUCACAAGAACCUUGCAGUUCUCAGUCUGGCACCACGAUCGCUUUGGGCGAAACACCUUCUUGGGGGAGGUGGAGAUCCCGAUGGAAUCCUGGAACUUUGAGAACCAGGUGGAAGAGCGUCUCCCCCUGCAUGGCAAGGCUGGUGCUGACUCUGCUGGCUCCCAGCAGUACAGAGGAGAGUUGGUUGUUUCCAUGAAGUACAUCCCAUCUUCCAAACACCCAGGGGUGGGUAAUGGGAAAAAGGGCAAACGGGAGGAAGGAGGCGAACUCCAGGUCUGGAUCAAAGAGGCCAAGAACCUCAUAGCUGCCAAAUCUGGAGGGACCUCUGACAGCUUUGUCAAGGGCUACCUGCUGCCGCUCCGAAACAAGGCCACCAAGAGGAAGACUCCUGUGAUGAAGAAGACCCUGAAUCCUCACUACAACCACACCUUUGUCUACAAUGGCGUCAGCCAGGAGGACCUGCAGCACAUCUGUCUGGAGCUGACUGUCUGGGACCGCGAGCCAUUGUCCAGCAAUGACUUCCUGGGAGGAGUCAGGCUGGGAGUUGGGAAUGGUAUGAGUAAGGACCAGGUGGUGGACUGGAUGGACUCCACAGGAGAGGAGGUGAGCCUGUGGCAGAAGAUGCGCCAGUUCCCGGGCUCCUGGGCAGAAGGAACACUACAGCUCCGCUCCACCAUGGCCAAGCCAGGAGCAUAG